GAGGUUGCUAGGCAACGGAUCAACGCUUUUUCUUUGAAGUGGACCGUGGAGGAGUGUGAAACACUUGAGGGAUUUUUUUUUCUUCAUUCUGUUUUUAUUCGUUGAUCUUCUCUGGAGAUAAACUGGAAGCGUGUUUGCGCGUCACCUGAUCCAGCUGCGCGUACCCGUACACACCUGUCACAGGUGAACAACAACCUCCACCUCUUCACUGCCUGUGAGGUCAGGACGGAUGAGCUCGGAGUCGGUGCGGGUGGUGGUCCGGUGCAGGCCCCUGAACGACCGGGAGAAGGCCGAGAGCCCGGAGGCGGUGCUGUCCGUGGAGCCGCAGCUCUGCCAGUGCUCCAUCAGGAGGCCCGGGGGCCAGGGUGACCCCCCCAAGCAGUUCACCUUUGACGGCGCCUACAGCGGCGAGCACAGCACGGAGCGGCUGUACAACGACACCGUGUGUCCUCUGGUGGAGGGGGUCACCGAAGGAUAUAACGGCACCAUCUUUGCCUACGGGCAAACAGGAAGUGGCAAAUCCUUCACCAUGCAGGGGGUGUCGGAACCGGAAGCCCAGCGGGGGGUCAUCCCGAGGGCCUUUGAGCACGUCUUCGAGACCAUUCAGUGUGCAGAAAAUACAAAGUUCCUGGUGAGAGCCUGUUUCUUAGAGAUCUACAAUGAAGACAUUCGAGAUCUUUUGGGAAACGACACGAAACAAAGACUGGAGCUGAAAGAGCAUCCAGAGCGGGGGGUUUACGUGCGCGACCUCUCCAUGCACACCGUGCACGGUGUUGGGGAGUGCGAGAGGAUGAUGGAGAGAGGCUGCAGGAACCGGGCUGUGGGCUCCACGCUGAUGAACAAGGACUCCUCCCGCUCCCACUCCAUCUUCACGCUUCACCUGGAGAUCUGCCGGACAGAUUCCUCGGGCCGGGAUCACCUCAGAGCGGGAAAACUGAACCUGGUUGACCUGGCAGGAAGCGAGCGUCAGUCUAAAACCGGAGCGACUGGCGAGCGGCUCAGGGAGGCCACUAAGAUCAACCUCUCUCUGUCGGCUUUGGGCAACGUCAUCUCUGCUUUGGUGGACGGCCGGUCCAAAUACAUCCCCUACCGGGACUCAAAGCUGACCAGGCUGCUGCAGGACUCUCUAGGAGGAAACACCCGCACCCUGAUGAUCGCCUGCCUCUCGCCUGCAGAAAGCAACUACGAGGAGAGCCUGAGCACGCUGCGGUACGCCAACCGAGCCAAGAGCAUCCAGAACAGGCCGCGCGUUAACGAAGAUCCCAAGGAGGCUCUGCUCCGGGAGUACCAGGAGGAGAUCAGGAGGUUGAGGCUUCUCUUCUCUGGCCAGCUGGACACUGGAAACCCCUCAUCUGUUCUGGCUGCUCAGAGUCCCGCUUUUCCUUCGAGGCCACAGUCCUGUCCUGAAGGAGCGAAGGAAGAGAAGAUUAAAGAGGAGUUUGAAAAGAAGAUAGCCAAGCUGCAGGCCGAGUUCAACGCCGCACAGGAGUCUAAGGCGAGGCUGCAGGAGGACUUUGCCUCUCUGAGGCUCUCCUAUGAGUCUAAGCUGUGCAGCCUGGAGGAGGCCCAGGCCAGGAGGGGGCGCUCCACCUCCAGCUACUUCGAUGCUGAAAAAACCGCCAUGAACCACAAAGCAGCAGCAGCUUCUGCGCAGGCAAAGACUGGUCUGACGUCUGAGGUCAGCACAGCCGCGCCGCUGGACCAGAAGCUCGCCCUGCUGAGGCUGCAGCAGCUGGAGCAGGAGGUGGUGGGAGGAGAGCAGGCCAGGAACCAGGAGCUGCGGCAGAAACUCCGGCAGAGGAAGACGCUCGCCGACCAGAGGAAAGUGCAGCUCGUCCGCGCUCUCUCAGAGGACGGCGAGGAGAGCGAAAGCGUGAUGCUGAAGGUCUACGACUCCAUUCAGGAGGAGCUGUACGCCAAAGGCCAGGUGCUGCUCAAAGUACAAAGAAAGCUGAAAAUGGCCAAACUGGAGAUCCGGGACCUGCAGGCGGAGUUUGAGGUGGAGAGGAACGACCUCCUGGCAACCAUCCGUAAGCUCGAGAGGGAUGCGCAGCUGAUGAAGGGUCUGCUGGAGCGAAUGGUGCCCCUGGUGCGUCGAGACUGCAACUACAGCAACCUGGACCGCUUGAUGAAGGAGGCUGUCUGGGAUGAGGAGAGCGCCACUUGGAGGCUGCCAGAUGUGGUGGUGCAGAAAACGGAGUUGCCCUCAGUGAAUGCGUCCGGACGGAGAGGCUCGGCUGCUGAGGCUGCAGACGCGCAGGUGGAGGAGGACCGCUUCAAGGAAAUGUUGGACCGGAGUGACAGUGAAAGCAUCGCCAGGAGCUACUUCAAGCCCAGGAGGGCCAGCGUGCUGCUGGGGGGCAAUGCUGCAAAGGGACAUGCCCCGCUGCCUGUGAGCCCCCCCGUCAGCUCAGACCCCGCCCUGCCUCGUCCCUUCCGUCUGGAGUCCCUGACUGCCGCGGCGUCCACCAGCAAGGGGAAGCGCAAAAAAGGCAAGCUUCACAUCCAUCCAGAGGGGAAUUGAACCGACAGGCACUGUUAGGCCUCUCUAAGGUCUGCUGAAGCUUGACGGACCCAUUAAAGAUGUCCCCUCAAUUCCUGUUUUCCCAUCUUCCCUUUGGGGUUCUUAAGCUGCACUGACGCCUCAUCAGAAUCCAGAAGAACACGAACCAAAUGUUUCAGCUGUUUGUGGUUUUUGCUGGAACGCCUGUUGUGAUUGGUCGGUGUUUGAAGAACCAAGCCGGUGUCCAAAUUCACCCCAAAAACCAGAGUGCAUCCCUGGAUUUGAAUGUUCUGUGAACACAUGCUCACAACGUGGUAUUUAUGUUUCGCCAAACAUAGUAUUAUGGUCACCAUGAAAGGAGAACAUAAACAAAUAUUUUGAAAUCAAAAAA